UCUGAAAGGAUCCAAAAGUUGUCUGAAAUGCUAAGGAGGAAACUUCGUCACUGUGCUAUCCUGCGGUUUAAGCCUCUUUGGGUGUUACUUUGUACAGUUGGAAUCUGGUCUUAUAUUAUAGUUCAUCAGAAACCAACCUAUCAAGAUGAUGAGCAUUUGGAACUGACUGGUGAAUAUCCUAAUGCAGUAAACUGUUCCAAGAUACUGGAAGGUGACACAGCGGAAAUUCAAAAGGUAAAGCUUGAGCUGUUAACAGUCUCCUUUAGGAGAACCCCAAAAAUAACUCCAAAUGACUAUAUCAACAUGACAAUUGAUUGCGCCUCCUUUAUUAAGAAGCGAAAAUAUAUUAUGGAACCUCUUAGCCAAGAAGAAGCAGAAUUUCCCAUUGCAUAUUCAAUAGUGGCUUAUCAUAAAAUUAAUAUGCUUGAGAGACUUCUGAGAAUCAUAUAUGUUCCUCAGAACUAUUACUGCAUUCAUGUUGACAAAAAGUCCCCAGAGUCUUUCUUGGCAGCUGUAAAAGGGAUUGCAUCAUGUUUUCAUAAUGUCUUCAUUGCCAGCCAAUUGGAAAGUGUAGUGUAUGCAUCAUGGAGCCGGGUACAAGCUGACCUCAACUGCAUGAAGGAUCUCUAUAGGAUGAAUGUGAGCUGGAAGUACUUAAUCAAUCUCUGCGGUAUGGAUUUCCCAAUCAAGACCAAUCAAGAAAUAGUGGAGAAGUUGAAAGCCCUCAACGGUGAAAAUAGCUUAGAAACGGAAAAAAUGCCUUCAAACAAAGAGGUGAGGUGGAAGAAACAUCACGAAGUAAUUGAUGGCAAGAUAAAAAACACAGGGAUAGACAAACAGCACCCACCUCUCAACACACCCAUUUUCUCUGGAAGUGCCUAUUUUGUUGUUAGUAGGAAGUUUGUGGAAUAUAUAUUAGAGAAUAGCAAAAUUCUUGCUUUUAUAGAAUGGGCUAAAGACACAUACAGUCCUGAUGAAUACUUAUGGGCAACAAUUCAGCGAAUCCCUGAAGUUCCCAGUGCCGUCUCCGCCAGUGGCAAAUACGAUGUUUCCGAUAUGAAUGCAGUUGCCCGGUUUGUGAAGUGGCACUACUUUGAGGGGGAUGUAUCCAAGGGUGCUCCUUACCCCCCUUGCAAUGGAGUUCACGUCCGUUCUGUAUGUGUCUUUGGAGUCGGAGACUUGAGCUGGAUGUUACGGAAACAUCAUUUCUUUGCCAACAAGUUUGAUACUGAUGUUGAUCCUUUUGCAAUUCAGUGUUUGGAAGAACAUUUACGAGACAAAAUGCUACAUCAACGCAGACACUAACAUGCUGGUGUUA